AAAGAAGAAGAAAUAUUUUCACCCCCUUUCUUUAGCUUUAACUGAUCUUUAGAGAGUGGCCAUGGAUUCAAACCCAGCAUUACAAGAAUGUCCCCAAAGCUACCUUCACAUCUAUUCCCUUUCCUCAUCAUACUAACACUUGCAUCUCUCUAUUAUUUCUCUUCAUUCAUCUCUCUCAAUACACUUUCUUCUUCUUCUUCAACCUCACCAUCACUCACAAUCUCCACCUGCAACCUCUUCAAAGGUACCUGGGUCUUCGAUCCCAAUCACACCCCACUCUACGACGACACAUGUCCUUUCCAUCGAAACGCAUGGAAUUGCAUCAGAAAUCAACGGCAAAAUUUGAGCUUGAUCAAUUCAUGGAAAUGGGUCCCACGUGGCUGCGAUAUGAAUCGGAUCGACCCGUUUCGGUUUUUGGGUUCGAUGAGAAAUAAGAAUGUUGGUAUUGUUGGAGAUUCGCUCAAUGAGAAUUUAUUGGUUUCUUUCUUGUGUACUCUCAGGGUUGCUGAUGGGGGUGCACGGAAGUGGAAAAAGAAAGGUGCUUGGAGGGGUGCUUAUUUUCCUAAAUUUAAUGUCACUGUUGCUUAUCAUCGUGCAGUUUUGCUCUCCAAAUACAAGUGGCAGCCAAAGCAAUCUGAAUCUGGGAUGCAAGAUGGAUCAGAAGGUAUUCAUCGAGUUGACGUGGAUGUUCCUGCAGAUGAAUGGGCUAAAAUUGCAGGUUUCUAUGAUGUCCUGCUGUUUAAUACUGGUCACUGGUGGAAUCAUGACAAAUUCCCAAAGGAGAAACCUCUUGUCUUCUAUAAAGCAGGACAACCAAUAGUUCCUCCACUCGAGAUGUUAGAUGGACUUAAAGUUGUUCUUGGUAACAUGAUCACAUAUAUAGAAAAAGAAUUUCCUAGAAACACACUUAAGUUCUGGCGUUUACAAUCCCCAAGGCACUUUUAUGGCGGAGAUUGGAAUCAAAACGGUAGCUGCUUGUUCAACAAGCCACUUGAGGAGAACGAGCUUGAUUUGUGGUUUGAGCCCAGGAACAACGGAGUUAACAAGGAAGCAAGACAGAUGAAUUUUGUGAUUGAAAAGGUAUUACAGGGCACAAACAUCCAUGUGGUUGACUUUACGCAUUUAAGCGAGUUUAGAGCUGAUGCUCAUCCAGCCAUAUGGCUAGGAAGGAAAGACGCAGUUGCAAUUUGGGGUCAGGAUUGCAUGCAUUGGUGUCUGCCGGGUGUCCCUGACACAUGGGUUGAUAUUUUAUCACAACUAAUCAUUGAUGGUUUUGGUAGAACUAGUAAGUUGUAGAAAAUGGAGACUAUCAAGUUAAAUGAUGCAUAUCUUACCAUACACUGAAAUUUUUAACUGGAGAUGUUGAGGGGCAUGCUGCCAAGUGGUGGGACCAAUAUAUGAGAAUUUUGAGCUGUACAUAGAAAUGUCAAAGGUUGAUGUUGGACGGAAGAAAAGUUUUGCUCUUUGACUUUUGAUGUAGAAGCAAGCCACUAAUUUGCCCGAGCAGAAGACUAUAUAUGAAAAGCGGCUUCCUUUUGACUUUUAGUACAUUUUUUUUUUUGUCCUUUUGACUUUUAAGUACAUUUCUUCAUAGGGCUUUGUCAAAUGUUAGCAUUGAAUUCUUUCAUUAAUCUAUUAUUACUAUUGUAUCGUGGAAUAUUUUAUUCAAAAUUUUGUUAUUUAGACA